UCAGCAAGAGAGAGAGUAGUGGGCGAAGAUAAGAUGGCCACAGCUCGAUCCCUGUUCUCCGCCGCCGCCGCCGCCGCCGCCGCCUCCACCACCACCGGCGUCGUCGUCGCCCCCUUCCCCUCCUCCCUCUCCCUCCCCUCCACCCCCAAACCCUACCCUCUCCGCUCCUCCCUCCUCCACGGAAACCACCUCCCCCUCUCCCUCUCCCUCUCCCCCCUCCUCCCCUCUUCGCCUCUUCUCCCCUCCCGACCCCUUCGACCAUCCACCACCGUGUUCUCCAUGCUCCCCACCGCGAAGCCGGAGAUAAAGGAAAGCGAGGAAAAACCCAAGUGGUCGGCGAGGGCGAUAAAAUCGUUCUGCAUGGCGGAACUAGAGGCGAGGAAGCUCAAGUAUCCUAACACGGGCACCGAGGCCCUUCUCAUGGGCAUCUUAGUUGAAGGAACAAGUGAAGCAGCAAAGUUUCUACGUGCAAAUGGAAUUACACUCUUCAAAGUACGAGAGGAAACUAUAAAGCUGCUUGGAAAAUCGGACAUGUACUUCUUUAGUCCUGAGCACCCACCAUUGACUGAGCCAGCUCAACGGGCUCUAGAUUGGGCUGUUGAUGAGAAGUUAAAAUCAGGCAAGGAUGGUGAAAUAACCACAACCCAUUUGCUUCUGGGCAUAUGGUCCGAGAAAGAGUCGGCAGGUCACAAGAUAUUGGCUUCUCUUGGGUUUGAUGAUCAGAAAGCAGCGGAGCUGGCCAAAAAUGCUGACAAGGAUGUGGUGAUGAGCUAUAGAUAGAUAGUUUCCACAGUGAAAGGCAUUGAUAUUGUCAGGAUCGCAUGCUCGGUGAUAUAAGGUGUCUUUUUAUUGAUCUCCUAGGAAGUUUUCAUUCUUAGAACUGAGAAUGCCAGUUAAAUCGAGGACUUUGCACCUACUAAAUUGUGUUAGGCCUUGGUGGAGCAUCAAAAAGUGGAAAUUUUAUGUAUUGAUUUGAACUACCAGGUGAUGAUCAGGAAAGCCAACAAUUGGAUUUGUUGCAACUUUUUCUGCCCUCUAGUGUGGCUUGUAUUGUUUUCUGAAGAUCAAAGCAUCAAAGUUAAAGCUUUCCUUUUUGGAGGAAGAUAUGUUUUGUCCUGAUUCAUUGUUACAGCAAACCAAAAUUUGAUGCCACUAUUAUUGUUGGUGUCAUACUUCCCUCAUUGCUAACUUUGCUUCCAAGAAAUUUUGUUUUAAAUUAUGGGGAGAAUUAUUUGAUUGUCUUUCAUUGCUUUGGUUUUGAAGGUAUAAUCCUUCAUGGAAAGGCAUUGUUUGCUACCUUAA